GCGGGGCGGCCAAGGAGGCGUUGGCAGCGGGCUCGGACCCACGCGGCGCUGCGGCCCGCCUGGCCUGCAACGCUCCCACCCGCUCGGCGGCACGAUGCCCUUUGACUUCAGGAGGUUUGACAUCUACAGAAAGGUGCCCAAGGAUCUCACGCAGCCGACGUACACCGGUGCCAUCAUCUCCAUCUGCUGCUGCCUCUUCAUCCUCUUCCUCUUCCUGUCAGAGCUCACCGGGUUCAUCACGACAGAAGUGGUAAAUGAGCUAUACGUCGAUGACCCAGACAAGGACAGCGGAGGCAAAAUUGACGUCAGCCUCAACAUCAGUCUACCCAAUUUGCACUGUGAAUUGGUUGGACUUGACAUUCAAGAUGAGAUGGGCAGGCAUGAAGUGGGCCACAUCGACAACUCCAUGAAGAUCCCACUGAACAACGGAGCAGGCUGCCGCUUCGAGGGCCAGUUCAGCAUCAAUAAGGUCCCUGGCAACUUCCACGUGUCCACGCACAGUGCCACAGCCCAGCCACAGAACCCGGACAUGACACAUACCAUCCACAAGCUCUCCUUUGGGGACACACUACAGGUCCAGAAUGUUCAUGGAGCUUUCAAUGCUCUCGGGGGAGCAGACAGACUCAGUUCCAACCCCCUGGCCUCCCAUGACUACAUCUUGAAGAUUGUCCCCACAGUGUAUGAGGACAAGAGUGGCAAGCAGCGCUACUCCUACCAGUACACAGUGGCCAACAAGGAGUAUGUCGCCUACAGCCACACGGGCCGCAUUAUUCCUGCCAUCUGGUUUCGCUAUGACCUCAGCCCCAUCACAGUCAAGUAUACAGAGAGAAGACAACCGCUCUACAGGUUCAUCACCACGAUCUGCGCCAUCAUCGGUGGGACCUUCACUGUGGCCGGCAUUCUGGACUCCUGCAUCUUUACCGCCUCAGAGGCGUGGAAGAAGAUCCAGCUGGGCAAGAUUCACUGACAUCCUGCCCAGCCCUAUGACUGAGGACCAGGGAUCCCGCUAGCCCUGCCUCUAGCAUCUCUUCUGCCUUCUGCCUUCUCUGGCCCAGUAUGUGUGGGAGGAGGGGUGGUGGUGGUUAAGGAGUGGCAUGGGUGGCACAAGGUUCUGCAGCUACCUCUUUCCCCAUGUUUUAGAUAAAUUAACACUGCCCGGAGCCGUGGUGGUCCUUUCCCUGCAGAGCCCCAAAACCAGAGUUA